AUGACCUUAAAAAAGAACAAAGAAACUGCUAUUGAAUCCUACUUAAACGAAAAAUUAGAUGAUCCAGCCGAUACGGUUAGAAAUACAUUUCAAAACGUUGUAGGAAAUAAUAUUCGAGUUAUUGUUGACGUUCCCGUUACUGAGCAACCCAGUGCUAGGAAAAAACCACGAGAGAAUAAUAUCAUAACGACAGAUGGGCCAUUACAACCACUUUCGGGUUCAUUGAUGAUUUCUAGAAAUUUCUUUCAAGAAGUGGAAUCUAUUUUAUUGAAUGGACAAUCGUUUGUUAUUCAUGGUCCUUAUCAAAGCGGAAAGUCAACUUUUCUGUUCCAUCUCAGGACGUCAUUUAUUGGUAAAAGCCUAGAUUUUGCGCAUCUCACGAUGGCAGGUGUAAAAGGAUCCAUAUUAACCAACGUGCGAACAGGGUUUUACGAUUACAUGUCAUUUAUGCUCUUUAAGGAAACGCUUGAUGAAACAAAAACUUUUGCACAUAUCUACAAUCUAAAGGAUCCUUUAUACAUCCUUAUCGAUGAAUUCCAAUAUAUCUUCACAAACCCAGAGCUUUGUGAGGUGGCUAAAGAUUUCUUCCGAGAAAUUUCAAAUGCGAUGAAUAUACAUUAUGUUGCUGUGGGCACCUUUAAGCUUGUGGAUUUGAAGAAAAGUGACAGUGACAAACUUAUUUCGCCUUUCAACAAGGCCUUAUUCAAACAAAUGCCAAUGUUCAGCAUUCAAGAGAUGGGCGAGCUCUUCAAUCUAUAUCAAUCAAACUUAGAUAAAAAUGGUGUUUUA